ACCACGUCAAUAUUAUCAAAAUAAAUGGUUCUAUUGUUCUAAUCUUAAUAGGUUAGGUUAGGUAUUUAUUUUAUUUAGAAGAUUAGAAGUUAGUCAUCCAAAUUCAUUUUUACAUACGAUAAAAUUGGGGCACAAUUAUGUCUGGUGGCAGUGUAAAUAUUUGCAGUGUAACCCCGGAAGUCAAGCAGGCGUUGAAAGAUUUUCGCUUUAGAAAAGGCAACGAUACAGCAGCUCUUGUUCUAAAAGUUGAUCGCGAAAAACAAGAAAUAAUAGUCGAUGAGAAAUUUGAGGAUAUUUCUGUAGAUCAACUGCAAGAGUCUUUGCCCAGCCACCAGCCCAGGUAUGUUGUGCUCUCUUACAGGCAAGCGCAUAAAGACGGGAGGGUAUCUUUUCCUUUGUGUUUCAUUUUUUUCACACCGAGAGAUAGCCAUGCCGAGCUGCAAAUGAUGUACGCCGGAUCAAAGAUAGCUUUGCAAAAAGAAGCCGAGUUGACGAGGGCCUAUGAGAUCAGGGAAUUGGAAGAUCUUACUGAAGAGUGGUUGCUCGAGAAGUUAGGGAAUUAAUUUAUCCUUACAGGUAUUAUUUAAUUUGAAUGUUUAUUUUGUAUAUAUUAAUAAUGUGAUUUAUUUUUCAGCCUCUAGGAUCUUGAGUUUUUUUUGAUAAGAUUAUACUUUGCUUUUGUCUUGCCUUAUUUAUCUAGAAGUUUAAUAUUCCUAUAUGCACAUAUUUUGUAUUAACUCUUCAUUCCUAUUUUAAAAUUAUUUACUCUUUAUUAAUUUAUAUCGUUUAUUUAAGUAUAAAAGGAAGAGAUGCUCAUAAAUUUUUAUGUUACAAAAUGAUUAACUGAUAAGGAUUACUCUGAUCUCGUUUGUAUCAGUUAUGAUGCCAAUUAUUGUUUAUUGCAUUUUUUAUACCCAUUUGAAUUAUAUGGGUAAAAAGUAAUUCUGAUCUCAACAAAAAACUGUCCAUAUUUAGACUCUUUUAUGAAUAUGAACAAAAUUAUCAAUAUAUCUCCUAUUAAAUUGUUAUUUAAGGUUUUAGGCUAUUUUUUCUUUAAGAUCGAGAUGGAGCAAAAAUUGACAAUUUUGAGCUGUAAUAACAAUUGCAGAAUAUUUUCAUGAUUUAAUUACGUAAUAGUCUAAAACAUUAAUUAAUUAGUACCUGAAGUAUAUUGGGUGUUUCUUAAGAAUAGUCUGAUUUUUGAUACAAACUUUCCACGAUUUUUUACUAUGUAACUGAAGCUGUCUGACUUUUUCCAUCUAAAAUUAUUUAGAAACACCCUGUAUAAUUUGAUAUAUCUAUAAAUGAAAUAGUAUUAAUUAAUAUUUUUAUUUGUAAGUACAUUAUGGUAAAUAAUAUUGAAUUUCAAAAACAGGAAUAUUCAGGAUUUUAUUACAGUUUAGUUACAAGUUAGUUUUCUAAUGGCCCAUAUUAAGAAACUGUGAAUUAACAAAAUAAGGAAAUUAAAUCAAAUGAAAUUAUUAAUAUUUAGUUCCUGAAUAACUGUUUUUUACUAAUCAUUCCAAAGUUAACCAAAUAACUCAAUAGCUGUACAAAUUAAUUUUGCUUUUCAUUUUGUUAACAUGUUUAAAAAAGUCUGUAUAUUAGACUAAGAUUAUUUCACAUACUAAAAACAAAUAUUUUAGCUUUUUAUUUUGCAGUUUUUUUGAAUUGUAUUGUAUAUAAAACGAAUAUAUAUUAUUUUUUCAAAUAUUUCUAUGUAUUUUAUAUGGUUAAAUUAUACAAUAAUCUCUGUACGUAAACAGGUCAGUUUUUUAGAUGUUUACACAUAUUACAAAUACUAAUUUUGUUAUAAUAAAGUAAAUUGUGAGCGUAAAUUGUUUGUUUAUUUGUCGAUGGCCGAUUCAAAAAAAAACUGCAUUAAACUA